AUGUGGGGGUUAUUGUUACUGUUUUUUUGCUGCGCUGCUGCGUGUUGGCCGACGUUGUCUUAUGCGGCGGAAGAGGAGGGGACAAGCGGCACUGAACUUCGCCUGGUUGCCUUUGGGGACAUUCACGGCGACUUCUUUCGCUGUCGCCAACUGCUGCAGCUUGCAAACAUCACGGACACCAAAGACCGAUGGAUUGCUGGUUCCUCGAUUGUCGUUCAGCUUGGCGACAUCGUCGAUCGUGGGCGACAUCCCCACGAGAUUUACGACCUCUUUGCCUCCCUGGAGCAGCAGGCGAAAGAAGUGGGCGGGGAAUUUAUUUUUCUUCUUGGCAAUCAUGAGUUGAUGAAUCUCUUGGGUGACUUCAGCUAUGUGCACCCCGACGCGAUGGCUGCGUUUGGCGGAGAGAGGGCGUACGCCGAGGCGUUCAGCCCACAGGGCGCUUACGGAUCGUACCUCCUGCAGCACCCGGUGAGUGUGGUGCGCAAGGGGGUCGUGUUUGUGCAUGCGAGUAUUAUGCCGGCGUACGCCGCGAGGGGUGUGGAGUAUCUCAACGCCAUGUUCAGUGACCACUUUUCCAGCGAGCGGCAUCCCGCUGCCGCCGAAGACACGGACAAAAACAGAGAGCACCCGUUUAUGCAAUUGGACAGUCCUUUGUGGGCUCGGGCCAUGCUUGCUGAGGCCAUGGAGGGCAACUGUUUUCUUCUGAGAGAGUCGCUGCGCUUGCUUUCAUUGCAGGAGGUGUUGUUGGGCCGCUCGCCCGUGCGUAUGAUGGUUGGAGGGCACUCCAUUCAGGGGAAUGGAACCAUUUCGGUGGAGUGCAACGGCAGUCUUGUGGGGGCAGACGUGGGACUGAGCCGCUUUAUUGACCGCCAUGGUGGGUACGCGGCAUACGUUGAGUUGGUACCGGACAAGAGCAACCCACAGCACCGCAUCGCAUUGCCGCAGUACCCGUACGGCAAAGGCGUGCUGGCGCCUGCGCCGUCGUUGCUCAGCGCUCCUGUGCAACCGCCACGGCGCAUGAAGGCAGUCCGGCGGCAUCCGCCGUCAGUAGGAGGAGUAAACCGUGAUUUGGUAGCUCAUCUCCGUGCAAGGCGGGGAAAGGACAGUGUCAACGCCGAAGGGAUUUCUGCGCUUCACUGCCAGCUCUUCCUCGUGCUUGCGUUUUUUUGUCUUGUUUGCGUUGUGCGACUGCGGUGGAGGCGAUCGAUGAUCAGCCGACGCCGCGGUGUGUGUGGGUCUUGA